GGCUGCGGGCGGAGCCUCGGAGGACGGACGCGGGCGCUCAGACGGCGGCGGUCCUCGCAGGCGCCCGCGCGAGUCCGAGCUGCUCCGCAGCCGCCGCCGCCGCCGCCGGCUCGUCGUUGCGCCCCGGCCUCCCUCCCCCCUGCUGUCCCGCCCUCCGCGGCCCUCGUUGCGGGACCCGGCCGCUGCGUGAUGGGGCUGAGAGGAGGCGCCCUGCGGCUCGCGGCGGCCGCUGCUCGCGCUGAGGAGCGUCCGUGCUCGGCCCCCCGCACCUCCGCGCGCCGCGGCGGCUGCUGACCCGCCCGCCCGCCCGCCCGCCGGUCCGCAGCGCGGCUGAGGAAACUUGGACAUAACUUCAAAAGAAGAUUUGAUUCUUUAUUUCUGGACUGCAAUUAUAUAACAAGACCAUCAGGAUGUCGGGAGCCUCAGUGAAGGUGGCUGUGCGAGUGCGGCCUUUCAAUUCUCGAGAGACCAGCAAAGAGUCCAAGUGCAUCAUUCAGAUGCAAGGCAACUCGACUAGUAUUGUUAACCCAAAGAACCCCAAGGAAGCUCCAAAGUCCUUCAGCUUCGACUAUUCCUACUGGUCUCACACCUCGCCUGAAGAUCCCUGUUUCGCAUCUCAAAACCGUGUGUACAAUGACAUUGGAAAGGAAAUGCUCUUACAUGCCUUUGAGGGCUAUAAUGUCUGUAUUUUUGCCUAUGGGCAGACUGGUGCUGGGAAAUCGUACACAAUGAUGGGUAAACAAGAAGAAAGCCAGGCUGGCAUCAUUCCACAGUUAUGUGAAGAACUAUUUGAGAAAAUCAAUGACAACUGUAAUGAAGAAAUGUCCUACUCUGUAGAGGUGAGCUACAUGGAAAUUUACUGUGAAAGAGUUCGAGAUUUGCUGAAUCCAAAAAACAAGGGUAAUUUGCGUGUACGCGAACACCCACUUCUUGGCCCAUAUGUGGAGGAUCUGUCAAAGCUGGCAGUCACUUCCUACACAGACAUUGCUGACCUCAUGGAUGCUGGGAACAAAGCCAGGACAGUGGCAGCUACCAACAUGAAUGAAACAAGUAGCCGUUCCCAUGCUGUGUUUACAAUUGUUUUCACCCAGAAGAAACACGAUACCGAGACCAACCUCUCCACUGAGAAGGUCAGUAAAAUCAGCUUGGUGGAUCUAGCAGGGAGUGAACGAGCUGAUUCAACUGGUGCCAAAGGGACUCGAUUAAAGGAAGGAGCAAAUAUUAAUAAGUCUCUUACAACUCUGGGCAAAGUCAUUUCAGCCUUGGCGGAAGUGGAUAACUGCACCAGCAAGAGUAAGAAGAAGAAGAAAACUGAUUUUAUUCCCUACAGGGAUUCUGUGCUUACUUGGCUCCUUCGAGAAAAUCUAGGUGGCAAUUCUCGGACUGCAAUGGUUGCUGCUCUGAGCCCAGCAGAUAUCAACUAUGAUGAAACUUUGAGCACUCUGAGAUAUGCAGAUCGUGCAAAACAAAUUAAAUGCAAUGCUGUUAUCAAUGAAGACCCCAAUGCCAAGCUCGUCCGUGAAUUAAAGGAGGAGGUGACACGACUUAAGGACCUUCUUCGUGCUCAGGGACUGGGUGAUAUCAUUGAUAUUGAUCCAUUGAUCGAUGAUUACACUGGAAGUGGAGGCAAAUAUCUGAAAGAUUUUCAGAACAAUAAGCAUAGAUAUUUGCUAGCCUCUGAGAAUCAACGCCCUGGCAAUUUUUCCACAGCAUCCAUGGGGUCCCUUACUUCAUCUUCAUCUUCCUGCUCACUCAGUAGUCAGGUGGGCUUAACAUCUGUGACCAGCAUUCAGGAGAGGAUCAUGUCUACCCCUGGAGGGGAAGAAGCCAUCGAACGUCUAAAGGAAUCAGAGAAGAUCAUUGCUGAGUUGAAUGAAACGUGGGAAGAGAAGCUGCGUAAAACAGAGGCCAUCAGAAUGGAAAGAGAGGCCUUGUUGGCUGAGAUGGGAGUUGCCAUUCGGGAAGAUGGAGGAACUCUGGGGGUUUUCUCACCUAAAAAGACCCCACAUCUUGUUAACCUCAAUGAGGACCCACUGAUGUCGGAAUGCCUGCUUUAUUACAUCAAAGAUGGAAUUACAAGAGUUGGCCAAGCAGAUGCUGAGCGGCGCCAGGACAUCGUGCUGAGCGGGGCUCACAUUAAAGAGGAGCAUUGUAUCUUCCGGAGCGAGAGAAACAACAGCGGGGAUGUUAUCGUGACUCUGGAGCCUUGUGAACGCUCAGAAACCUACGUAAAUGGCAAGAGGGUGGCCCAGCCUGUCCAGCUGCGCUCAGGAAACCGUAUCAUCAUGGGUAAAAACCAUGUGUUUCGUUUUAACCACCCUGAGCAAGCACGGGCUGAGCGGGAAAAGACUCCUUCUGCUGAGACCCCCUCUGAGCCUGUAGAUUGGACAUUUGCCCAGAGAGAGCUUCUGGAAAAACAAGGAAUUGAUAUGAAACAGGAAAUGGAGAAAAGGUUACAGGAAAUGGAAAUCCUAUACAAAAAGGAGAAGGAGGAAGCAGAUCUUCUCUUGGAACAGCAGAGACUGGACUAUGAGAGUAAAUUGCAGGCCUUGCAGAAGCAGGUGGAGACUCGAUCCCUGGCUGCAGAAACAACUGAAGAGGAAGAAGAGGAAGAAGAAGUUCCUUGGACACAACAUGAAUUUGAGCUGGCCCAGUGGGCCUUCCGAAAGUGGAAGUCUCACCAGUUUACUUCUUUAAGGGACUUACUCUGGGGCAAUGCUGUGUACCUGAAGGAGGCCAAUGCCAUCGGCGUGGAACUGAAGAAGAAGGUGCAGUUCCAAUUUGUGCUGCUGACUGACACAUUGUACUCCCCUUUACCUCCGGAAUUACUUCCCACUGACACGGAAAAAACUCAUGAAGAUCGGCCUUUCCCUCGGACAGUGGUGGCAGUAGAAGUCCAGGAUUUGAAGAAUGGCGCAACACAUUAUUGGUCGUUGGAGAAACUCAAGCAGAGGCUGGACUUGAUGCGAGAGAUGUACGACAGGGCAGGUGAGAUGGCCUCCAGCGCCCAAGACGAGAGCGAAACCGCCAUGACGGGCAGCGACCCGUUUUAUGAUCGGUUCCAUUGGUUCAGACUUGUCGGCAGCUCCCCCAUUUUCCAUGGCUGUGUGAAUGAGCGCCUUGCCGACCGCACACCCUCCCCCACUUUUUCCACGGCUGAUUCCGACAUCACUGAGCUGGCUGACGAGCAGCAAGAUGAGAUGGAGGAUUUUGAUGAUGAGGCGUUCGUGGAUGACACCGGCUCUGACGCAGGGACGGAGGAGGGAUCAGAUCUCUUCAGUGACGGGCAUGACCCGUUUUACGACCGAUCCCCAUGGUUCAUUUUAGUGGGAAGGGCAUUUGUAUACCUGAGCAAUCUGCUGUAUCCCGUGCCCCUGAUCCACAGGGUGGCCAUUGUUAGCGAGAAGGGUGAAGUGCGGGGAUUUCUGCGGGUGGCGGUCCAGGCCAUUGCAGCGGAUGAAGAAGCUCCUGAUUAUGGCUCUGGAAUUCGACAGUCAGGAACUGCUAAAAUAUCUUUUGAUAACGAGUACUUUAAUCAGAGUGACUUUUCUUCCGUUGCAAUGACUCGUUCUGGCCUGUCCUUGGAAGAGCUGAGGAUUGUGGAAGGACAGGGUCAGAGUUCUGAGGUCAUCAGUCCUCCAGAAGAAAUCAAUCGAAUGAAUGACUUGGAUUUGAAGUCGAGUACUUUGCUGGAUGGGAAGAUGGUCAUGGAAGGGUUUUCUGAAGAGAUUGGCAACCACCUGAAACUGGGCAGUGCCUUCACUUUCCGUGUGACCGUGUUGCAGGCCAGCGGGAUCCUCCCGGAGUACGCAGACAUCUUCUGUCAGUUCAACUUUUUGCAUCGCCAUGAUGAAGCAUUCUCCACUGAACCCCUCAAAAACAACGGCAGAGGAAGUCCUCUGGGCUUUUACCAUGUGCAGAAUAUUGCAGUGGAGGUCACUGAGUCGUUUGUGGAGUACAUCAAAACCAAGCCGAUAGUAUUUGAAGUCUUCGGGCAUUAUCAGCAGCACCCACUUCACCUGCAAGGACAGGAUCUGAACAGUCCUCCUCAGCCAUCUCGACGAUUCUUCCCUCCGCCCAUGCCGCUCUCCAAGCCAGUUCCAGCCACCAAGUUAAACACCAUGAGCAAAACCAGCCUUGGCCAGAGCAUGAGCAAGUAUGAUCUUCUGGUUUGGUUUGAGAUCAGCGAACUGGAGCCUACAGGAGAGUAUAUCCCAGCUGUGGUGGACCACACAGCAGGCUUGCCCUGCCAGGGGACAUUCCUGCUUCACCAGGGCAUCCAGCGAAGGAUCACAAUGACCAUCGUCCAUGAGAAGGGAAGCGAGCUCCACUGGAAAGAUGUGCGUGAGCUGGUGGUAGGGCGGAUUAGGAAUAAGGCUGAGGUGGAUGAAGCUGCGAUUGACGCCAUCCUCUCCCUAAAUAUCAUCUCUGCCAAGUACCUGAAGUCUUCCCACAACUCCAGCAGGACCUUCUACCGUUUUGAGGCCGUGUGGGACAGCUCCCUCCACAACUCCCUCCUUCUCAACCGAGUGACACCCUACGGGGAAAAGAUCUACAUGACCUUGUCGGCCUACCUAGAGCUGGAUCAUUGCAUCCAGCCCGCUGUCAUCACCAAGGAUGUGUGCAUGGUCUUCUACUCUCGGGACGCCAAGAUCUCACCCCCACGCUCUCUGCGCAGCCUCUUUGGCAGCGGCUACUCGAAGUCACCAGACUCCAAUCGAGUCACUGGAAUUUAUGAACUCAGUUUAUGCAAAAUGGCAGACACAGGUAGUCCAGGCAUGCAGAGGAGGAGGAGAAAAGUCUUGGACACAUCAGUGGCCUAUGUGCGGGGGGAGGAGAACUUGGCUGGCUGGCGGCCCCGUGGGGACAGCCUCAUCCUGGAGCACCAGUGGGAGCUGGAGAAGCUGGAGCUCAUCCAUGAGGUGGAGAAAACCCGCCACUUCCUGCUUCUGCGUGAGAGACUUGGUGACAGCACCCCCAAAUCCCUGAGCGACUCGUUGUCCCCCAGCCUGAGCAGUGGCACCCUCAGCACCUCCACCAGCAUCUCCUCUCAGAUCUCAACCACCACCUUUGAAAGUGCCAUCACGCCCAGCGAGAGCAGUGGCUACGACUCCACAGACAUUGAAAGCCUGGUGGACCGCGAGAAAGAGCUGGCCACCAAGUGUCUGCAACUUCUCACCCACACUUUCAACCGAGAGUUCAGCCAGGUGCACAGCAGCAUCAGUGACUGUAAGCUGUCGGACAUCUCUCCGAUUGGACGGGAUCCCUCUGUGUCCAGUUUCAGCAGCUCGACCCUCACUCCCUCCUCCACCUGCCCCUCUCUGGUAGACUCUAGGAGCAGCUCUCUGGAUCAGAAGACUCCAGAAGCCAAUUCCCGGGCCUCUAGUCCCUGCCCAGAAUUUGAACAGUUUCAGAUUGUCCCAACUGUGGAAACACCGUAUUUGGCCCGAGCAGGGAAAAAUGAAUUUCUCAACCUUGUUCCAGAUAUUGAAGAAAUUAGACCAGGCUCAGUGGUUUCCAAGAAAGGAUACCUGCAUUUCAAGGAGCCAUUUUCCAGCAACUGGGCUAAGCAUUUUGUUGUGGUCCGUCGCCCUUACGUCUUCAUCUAUAACAGUGACAAGGACCCGGUGGAACGUGGCAUCAUUAACCUGUCCACAGCGCAGGUGGAAUACAGCGAGGACCAGCAGGCCAUGGUGAAGAGUCCUAACAUCUUCGCUGUGUGCACGAAGCACCGUGGGGUCCUUUUGCAGGCCCUCAACGACAAGGACAUGAGCGACUGGUUAUAUGCCUUCAAUCCUCUCCUUGCUGGCACAAUACGGUCAAAGCUCUCCCGCAGAGGCUCAAGCCAGCCGAAGUACUGAGCGCUGCGCCCCUGCCUUCCCAGAGAUAAAGGAAGAAGUUACCUCUGUUUCUCUUUGUGAUUCUUGACGGUUGCUCUUGUAUGUAAUCCUGUGGCUUAACUACUUUCCCUCUCGUCCAGCACUUCUCUAGCUCCUGUUCCCCAUCUCCAUUGCUCUGUACCCUUUUUCUUUUUUCCUGUGCUGAGAAUCUUGUUGGUAGCAUGUGGCCUAACAAACGGGGGAAAACACAUACAACAAAACAAACAAAAACACAGAGCGGGAAAUCCAGUGACUCUCAGAUUAUUUUGGUAUAUCUCGGCUUCCUUUUGUAUGAGAGCUCCCCCUGUGACUACCUGAUGUCUGUCCCGCUGUCUUUGGAUAUCUGUCUUUUUUGAAGACAACAUACUACAUUUUUCUUUUCUCUGUUUGUGCUCUCACUUUAAUUUUUCUUUGGUGGCUUAGAGACAAAGCAAGGAGACAUUGGCCUUUUGGGAAGCUGAGAGGGAAAAGCUUGCCUUUUUCCCUCUGUUGCUUUCUUCCCUCACUGGUCCCUGCGUUUCCAUUCAGGGAGAAGGCUGUGGUGAGCUCAGCAACGGGGCAGGUAUGUUCUCUGAAGCCGGGCUUGCUUAGAACAUGGGUAUGCAGUUUUCAGUUAGUGGAAGAGAAGAGAGGAGAGGGCCUCUAACCCCCGAGGCAGUGGCUGCUGCUGACUUGUCAGAAGGGAAGAGCGUAGAGUGGGGGUGGGCCAUGGGUGGGUGGACGGUCAGUAGGGUUCCUGUGAACUUGCUUCUGGUCUGGGAGGGAGCCUCCUCUCUGUUCUGUUCUUGGCAUUGGCGGUGAUGGGUUUGGAGUCUGUGAUGUCAUACACAGAUGUCCCACCAGGGGGAGUGCUUCGCUUUCUCAUGAGGAACCUGAUGGUCUUUGUAAUGCUGAGUAAAUGACCUUGUGAUUGUAGCUCCCGUUUAUCAAAGAAAUGUAGCUUUCACGUAUGAACCUGGAAGUCUCCUCUGAACCAGUGGUUGUUUUCAGUAACCUCUGUCGGACUGGAAAGACUGUCAAUGAUGCCUGUCCCUAUCCUCAUAAAUAAGCAGGCCUGGCAGACUGCGUGCUGGACCCCAGGAUCAAAUUCAGCCGCUCCACUGCUAAGAACAAAGCGAAAGGACAUCUGGGGGCAGGAAAGACCCGCCUGAGCCAGACCCCAGGGUGACCUCGCCUGGCUUCGCCAUCGGGCAUGGAGGCGGUGCCAGAGGAGGAAGGAGGAAGCUGAUAGGCCCUGACGGGACAGGGCCAGCUCUUCUCAGAGGCCUGCAGGGUUUCAGAGUGACCUGGAGGGAGAAAGGCCCGCUUCCUUGAGCAGCUUCGCCAUUGGUCGGCUUGGGUUGUUUAUCCCAUCCUUCACUCCCUUGCUCAGACUUCUCUGCUUGACCACCCCGUGGGCACUCGGGACAGUCUCUGCUGGUUCCCGCUUUGUGGAGAUGUCGGGUCUCAGCCUGGGGGUUGCUCACUCUCAGUGCUGGGAACUGGGUGGCUUUGCCUCAGUGGCCAAGGGCAGGGGUCACGCACUCUGCUGGCAGGCUCAGCCCCUGCUUCCGCCCUCCCCGCUUGGGCUCAUCUCACAACAGGGACUAUUGCCUUGCCAAGGGGCGGUGGUGAGGCAGGGAGAGGUACUAAGAGAAAGGACAGAACCGCAGGCUGUGACCUCACCUGAAAAGUGGUCAGUAAAACUAUCGAUUUUUUAAACUUCUCCUUAAAACAUAGGUCACUAACACUAAUGUUACUAGUUUUUCUAAGCGACAUUUUUAAUGUAGUUAGAGGUUUCGGCAUUAUCUAAUGGACACAACAUGGCCUUCUGGCGUAUACCCCGACCUAGGAUCUGUCCGUGUGACUGCUUCCUGGGCCGGAAUUAAACACAACUUCAGGGAAGUGACAUUGGAAGGUUACUGUUAGAAUCAAAUCAUGGAUGCUGCUGCCGGGAGGAAGGUUGAUGGAAGGCCCACGUCUGUGUGGCAGCAGGUGGGGAGGCUGAGGAAUCGUGGGAGACACUGAAAUGACGGGUUUCUCCUUCUAACAAACACAACUGGUGGGAAAGUCUCUGCUUUGGAGUGUCGGCUCUCAGAACAGGCGGCACCGGAUUGUUCGUCACGUGCCCACGUGAGGGCGCGGCAUCUCCUGUGCGCUCCCGUCCGCGGGGCCUCUGGCGUGGCUGACGGUUACAGCAGCCCCUUUUGGCACCCCCCCUUUCUCUGGGGCCCAUCUUCAAACGAGUUGGACGUUUCAGGGUUGAUGUUCCCUUUCCAGAAGGUUCUCCCCCACUUUGAAGUCCUGAGAGGCUUUCAGACCGGACCUCUUCUGAGGCCUUGGCUGAAGCCUGGGGCCAGGAAAGUUGAGGAAUGGACUUGACCUUUUAAGGAAACCACCUUUUGAGGGUUUUUAAUUUCUUUUUUUCCAAAUCACUCCUUGAAACAAGCAAAAAAAAAAAAAAAGGCAAGAAAGAAAACUCUUACACAAAUGAAGGAAGCAUGAAUGCUAGUUAAAAGUAACCCUCUGGUCCCCGCGUUCCCAAUCCUCUCUCCUGCCAAAGCAAAAUCCGGCCUCACAGCCCGCACCAAACCAGCCCUCACCAAGCCAGUGCUCCUGUGCCGGCCUGGGGGUCAGCCAGCCCUCAGACCGGCUGUGCGGGGCCAGCCAGCCCCUGCACACACACGGCCAGGACUGGCUCUGGCAGCUGGGCGGGUCCCAAAUUCCUGCACACCGUUAACCAAUGACCUUCCCAACCAGGAAACCCCUGCUUUAUGUAUCUCUUUCCCUUCAGCUCUGCAGAACUUACACAGACACUCAUAGUUUUGCUGGAUAUUUUCUAGCUCUUUUAAGAGGAAAAGAUAAAUCAUUGCGAAAGGCCUUUUGGGAUCUAAAAGUAAAAUGACUUCUCCUGGCACAUAUAUCAAAGCAAAGACUUGGUUGCCUGCUGCUUGUUCUCUAAUUAUUUAAUUAAAUUAAAUUCUGUAAGGUAUUUGUAUAUUUAUACAGCUGUAAUUAAUUGCACAUUGGACUGGAAAAGAAAGGCUGACCUCGCGUGUGGCACGCCCCUCGGUUCCCCUGGGCAGUGUCAGGGCUUGUUGUUGGUUCGUUUGACGGGGGUCCUUCAUCUUUCCUUUGGGUCCUUUUUUAAAUGUGAUUGUUAACCUGCUCCUUAAAGAGAGUUCUAAUCCUGCUGCUGCUCUCAGAAGCCGUGCUGACUGUACUCGAAACGGGACUCUGACGCGUGGACUGCAGCGCCCACCCUGGGUGACUCAGCCACGUGCGUGGCCAAACCCUUACUGCGUGCGAUAGGAAUGCACUGAGUUGUCUGAGAGCUGAUCUGCUUUUGUUGUUCAAAAGGCCAUUUAUGAAAUUCCUAUUCGAGCCCCAUAAAAUCUGAAAGCUGCUAAAUCAUUUAAAGGAAGCAAUUAGAGUCGGUACAAAUUUCAUGUUAAAAACCCACAGCCAGAUCGCUGUGCUCAGAUGGAAGUCCGAGCUGAGGUUGGUCUCGCCGAACCUGGCUGUCGUGUGUCCUUUCAUGUCUCCGAGUUAUUUGACGCUGCGUGUUUGGCAUCCGUUGGCCUGAGGGCUCCAUCGGCCUUCUCACGUGGAAGGCACCGUCUUAGACUUCGUGGCUCCAAAGUGUCUGUCCAUUGAGAUUUCAAUCCUCACGUCACCUUCCUUGUGCAUUAAACAAACCCAUGAACAUAAGUGGCCUUUCUGAACCGGACUUUGCAAACUGAUCUCUCCCCAGUGAAGGAGUUGAGCACAUCAGCAACAAUGUAUGUACAUUAUUAAUUUCCGAUGUUCAUGUUCAUGUUUUAUUAUGUAAAUACUAUCUGAUGUUUGGAGCGUGGGUAUACAGAAUGUAAAUAUAGUUCUUGUAUUUGUACUAAUUCUGGUUCUGUUGCUGUAUAGCCUUAGGUGUGCAAUGCAGACAUUAUCUAACUGUGUAUGGUAACCUUGCAUCACGGAACUAUUAGUGAUCAUAAUAAAGGUACACCCAGUGCA